GUGCCUGCCUGCCCGACUUCACGAAUCCGACGUCAGCAACGACUCUCAACGACAACACCCCACUGCUGACUUUUAGAUUUCACAUCUUCAAAUCAGCCCAACAUGGUCAAGAAGCGAGCGUCCAACGGCCGUAACAAGAAGGGUCGUGGCCACGUCAAGCCUAUCCGUUGCUCCAACUGCUCGCGAUGCACACCCAAGGACAAGGCAAUCAAGAGAUUCACCAUCCGUAACAUGGUUGAGUCCGCCGCCAUCCGUGAUAUCUCUGAUGCCUCGGUCUUCCCCGAGUACACUGUCCCCAAGAUGUACCUGAAACUCCAGUACUGCGUCUCGUGCGCCAUCCACGGCAAGAUUGUGCGUGUGCGUUCGCGCGAAGGUCGCCGCAACCGUGCCCCUCCUCCACGUGUUAGGUACAACAAGGACGGCAAAAAGAUCAACCCCAACCAGGCCGCUGCUAAGACUACCACUGCUUAAGCAGGACGCGGGUGAGGGAAAUGAAUGAUCAUGGCGCUUGGUGUGGGUCUUAUGGGUCUUUCGGAAUGUCAUACUGGAAAAUGCAUGAAUCCACGGAAGAUGGGGGCAGGCCAAAUGACGAAUCACGGUUGAGGCUUGCUCGGAAAUACCUGCGGGAGCACGGAGAGCUAGCUAUGAACUUGUAAAAGAAUAUCCAAGUCAACUUGCACCAGUUCACCGUCCACCUGGGUGAUGUUGAUACGUUUUGUUAGCCAGCACCCGUAAUGGAUACAUUUCGCCACAUUGACGUGGCUGGGCAA